AUGGCCAAGAUCCCCAAGCACUGUCUGGGACAGGGAACAUCAGUAGGAGCAGUACUUUCAGCUCGGAGGGGUGGGCGGGGGCAGGCAGCAAAGGCUGGAUUGGCAUGCAAGGGGAUCAGGAACAAUAGGCAUGUUGAAGUUAUCAGCAUGAGUCUGUAUCAUCAGCAGCAAAGAUGGCUAGAGAAGUGGCUUUUCUCUUUUGGCCAACAGCUCCUACCUGGAAAAGCUGCUGAAACCUGGCAUCCCCACCCGGACCGCAGCAGCGAGCCCUGGGCUCUCCCGCGCGCCCACGCGCCACGUGCUGAGGUGGCUGCUAAGAUCAGGGGGACUCGGCUGCACGCGCCAGUACCCGACCAGGAAAGAGAGGAGGAGGAGGAGGAGGAGGCGGGAACGACUAGAGAGGGGGAGGGCAAAGGGAAGCCUGGCCAUUCAGCCUCCGACCUCCCCCACACUCGUCUGAGGGAUAGCUUCGAGCUGGAGGAUGGGGCAGGGAGAUCCUGCACGCCCCCCGCAGCAGGUGAGAGCCCCAGGCGUCAAUUUCCGCCUACGGGAUUCCUGGCAGAGCUCGCGGAGGAGGGCGCGCGCCUGCGCGUCCAACGGAAAAUGUUGGGGGAAGGUGGUCGCCGCCCCAUCCCCCACACCAGCCUGGAACGGGGACUAGCCCUCGUAGGCGAGAGGAGAAUCCUGGCAGCAUCAAGAUUGGGGGAUUCACUGAGAGGAAGCUCCAGCCCUGAGCGCAGAGCUGGUCACAUGAUAAAAAAAGAAAAAAAGAAGGGAAGAGGCGUGACUUGUGACGUCUUUAUAAAGGAGGAUUAUAGAUUUAAUGCCUGAAGUAACCUUGGAAGCCUUCUAGGAUAAUCCUCUCAUUUUACAAUACAGGA